CUUAGUUUAGAUGAUUCUAGUAGUAAUCUGGAGACGAAUUCAGAAUAUAAGAACAUGGACCUAGAGAAUUUUGUAUAUGAAAAGGUUUCAGAAGAAAUUGAAGCAAGAAAGGAGGCUAAUGAAAGAAUUCCAUUCCAUCUUCAUUUACCAAAUACGCUUCUGAGUUUAGUUGAUGAUAUUGAUGUUCCGGGUGAUUCGGCAUCUAAACAGAGUGAAUGUUAGAGUAGCUAGUCCUUAUGGAGAUCCUUCAAGUAACAUGCUAAGAGAUGAUGAUCCUAGUGGUGCAGUAUUCCUGCGCACAAACUGGCAGUUGCAAGGGUACUUACAAGAGCAAGCUGAUAUAAUUGAAAAGUAUGCAUCUUGUAGUAUUUGAACUGUUAGUUCUUUUACAUUGCUGCUUUGGAGAAUCUUCAUUGCUACUUGGAUUACAGUUAUUUUAAAGCAAGUGAUAGAGGUAAAAAGGCAUAAUCAUUGUGCCUGGUGUCCAUUCUAUCUAGGGUACAAACGAGGCCUUGUUGACUAUGUUGCCAAGUGUCACUUUUCUCGGUUGUUGUAACUUAUCUGUCAAACCAUUCCUCAAAAGGUUGACUUUACCUUGUGUAUCAAUUUUCAUGACAAUUAUUCAAUUAUAAUAUGUACACUUUACUUAAGAAACCCAGCUAUUUUACAGCUCCUAUUUCCUAAUAAUAACUAAGCAAAGAAUUUUAAUUUGGCUGAAUUAGACCUUAGCUUCUUAUCCCAGGAAGGAGAAAAAGGUACUGGUUGCUGCUAGUGUUAGUGAGUGUUAAAAGAGAACACACUGUUUAAAGGGUUGCGUUUCAUCUUCUGCGUGUGCUACAAGUACAAUCUGCAAGUUGAGAAUGCUUCAGUUCUUCUUUUACUUGCUGAAAUUCACAAGUUCUAGGCCUUCCAUAUGCAUUAGCAAGCCUUUCAUUCUGCCGAUCUUCUAAAAGCCUCUGCUACUCUUACUCUAGCUGAGUUGUGGCUCUCUCUUGGAUCAAGCCAUGCGACAAGGGCUUUGAACCAAUGAUUCUUGGUCACGGUGGUUUGGAGCUCCGCCCACGGUCCGAUACAAACUCAAUGGUUGUGCACGUUUCCUAUUCCACCCAUGCUAUUCAAACUCUUGUGAUUCUUCCAGAACUUUUGAUUUCUGACAAGAUGGCAAGUUGGAAUAAUACUAAUGAAGUAAUGAAGAUUAAAGCCAUGUUAGAGGAGGGACAACCUCGCUUUAAAGAGGAAUGCUGCAUCUAUAGGGUGCCCCAUGAGAUCCGCAAGUUUAAUGAAGAUGCAUACACUCCAAAGGUUGUUUCCAUUGGUCCUUUGCACCAUGGAAAUGAAAAAUUGCUAAAUAUGGAGGAUCAGAAAUAUUGCAGACAAUUCAUUGAAAGAUCGGAGACAAAGAACUUGGGAAGUUUUGUGAGUUGCGUGCGAGAGCUGGAGCCAAAGGUUCGUCCUUGUUACUCAGAUAACAUCAAGCUCAGUGAAGAAGAACAUGUUAGGGUGAUAUUUGUGGACUGCUGCUUCAUAUUAGAGCUUUUACUCAAUUACCAUUUUAACCAGAGGACAAGUCAUGAUGCCAUUUUUCUGUCACCACGGUUACAGACCUAUGUAGAAUUAGAUUUGGUGUUGCUCGAGAAUCAAGUUCCUUUCUUUGUUCUUGAGAAGCUUUUCAAUCUAGCUUUUCCUUCUACUUUUAAUAGUGGCAACCCAAGCCAUCCUUCUUUAUUAUUAAGACUCGCUCUUGUUUAUAUGGUUCCUCACAGUACCAUUCCCGGUGAUAUUGAUGAGCUAACCUUAUCCGGUGUUGGUAACAUAACUCACAGAUUUAUCAAGAAAGUUUCUAUUAACAUCCUCUCACUUAUUCCAACCAUCAGCCUCUGGAUGCUCAAGAGAAGCACAGCUAACACAACUCUAUAGUGCAACUGAGUUGAAGGAAGCAGGAGUGAAGUUUGAGGUAAACAAAAAUAGUAAAUGCUUACUGGACUUGGAAAUUACAGGUCAUACUCUGAGAAUUCCAUUUACUAGAGUGCAUGACUGGACUGGAGUUGUUUUGAGAAAUUUGUUAGCUUUCGAGCAAUGCCAUUGUAUCAGUCAAUCCUAUCUUGCUGACUAUAUCUUUUUCUUGGAUUUUCUUAUCAACACAGAAAAAGAUGUAGAUUUGCUGAUUAAGAAAGGAAUAAUUGAGAAUUGGUUAGGUGAGAGCAAUGCAGUGGCUAAAAUGUUCAAUGGUCUUGCAGUGAAUCUUGUGAAUGUAGGUUUUAAUGUGAAAUAUUCCUGUAUUUUUAAAGGCUUGAAUGCUUUCUGUAAGAAACCUUGGAACAGAAAAGUAGCAAUUUUGAAGCGCGACUACUGCAACACUCCAUGGAAGACGGUAGCUUCAAUUGCUGGAAUUUUUCUACUUAUUCUCACUGUUAUUCAAACAGUG